AUGAAUGGGGCAGAACCAAGGACAGAUGAUGAGGCUUAUGCAGUGGAACAGCUUCCUACGCCAGCCUUGACCCCAGAACCCGAUCAUGUGGCAGCCGCAACCCGUCACCGCCAUAUGGACACGAGAAAUGAUGGACCCCUGCAGAACAUAACGAACGUCUACAUAUCGGAGGCGAACGGUGGUCUAAGCGUCAGCUCGACGAGUAGGGGCACCAGUUCAAACGAAGAGGCCUUACUAUCUGACGCCAGCGAGAAGUUCAGGCCCAUCAAGCGUCCUGGAGAUGGCAGGAGGAGGGGCAGCAGUGUGUCCGAGCAAGACAAGCACCUCAGGCUUAGCUCGCGGCAGAUUCAAGAAUUGACGAGCGAGCCCGCCAGCAUUCCGGUCCGAGCAGCGACGCCAAUACAAGAAGAGGCCUUGGGAGGCGGGUCGCGUGGGGAGAAUGCAGACGGAAGAGUGAGCACCAAGGUGCUAGGUGUGGUCUUGGAACGGCCGAUAGAGUUGAGCAUGUCAAGACGCGACAGCUCAAGGAGUCGCGACAGGAGGCAAGAGAGGGAGGUUGUUGUCAUCAAGACGCCCUCGACCGAGUUGGGACGAGGACGGCCAGUACCAUAUUCGAGAUCGAUUACGGCGCCUACAAUACGGAGAAAAGAUUCGAGUUCGAGGCCGCGGACGCAGACGUACGAGGGAGAGGAUAGGAGGUCAAGCAGACACGUCCCUCCGCCACUUGGCAUGGAUGACAAGAAUAUACCAUCCAAACCGUUGUCAUACAACAAGCAGAGAGAUUCUCAUGAUAUGCGGGACAUGGCCUCGCCAAGUCAUAUGAACCUGCCAUUACCACCGCUGUCAAUGCCAACAUUCUUGUCGCUCGAGCUUUCUGCAGACCGCCCGUCCCCAUUGUACAUCUACCGAGCCUCGUCUGCAGAUUUCCCUUACGAAUCUUCCACGCUCAAGUAUGAGCGUUUGCUCAAUUUCUUGAAGAUACCAGCCCAAGUCGAAGGCAUCCUGGCUUUUGGUGCUCUCGCAUGUCUGGACGCUUGGAUGCACGUACUCACAAUCCUGCCACUACGAUUUCUGCUCGCGAUCGCCAUUCUGGUGAAAUGGUGGGGCUCAGUGGUUGUGAAGGAGUUUCGCGAUCUAUUAGCUUUCGUGUACAGUGGGCUUCCUCGAUUCUGGCGUCGAAGGAGGCAGGUGGAUGUUCCUACGCCCCACCCAACACCAGCAGAGGAACAGCCUCCCCCAAUGUCGCGGACGUCUUCCUCAGCCGCCUUGUCUGCUAGCCAAGCAACGGCGGUGAACAGACAGAACGGGGAACCCUCGACAACUUUCAAGUUCCCAGAUCUGCAAGAGCUCAGAGCCAAGCGUCCACGUAAUCCCCGCUUUCGUCAUCGCCGGACCAAGUCCACGCCCUCUGCGCUUCUACCAGGUCAUAAAGCAGAUAUUCUUAAGGGCCUCUUGAUAAUCUCAAGCUGCUUUGUCUUGAUGCGAUUCGAUGCAAGUCGAAUGUACCAUGGCAUUCGCGGUCAGUCGGCAAUCAAGUUAUACGUACUCUACAAUCUUCUUGAAGUAUGCGAUCGCCUCUUGUCUGCCGUCGGCCAAGACGUUCUUGAGUGUCUGUUCUCACGCGAAACUCUUGACCGCAAUGCAGACGGUCGAAGUAAGGUCAUCCGACCCUUUUGGAUGUUCAUUCUCGCUCUGCUCUACACGGUCGCACAUGCCACGGCCCUAUUUUACCAAGUCAUUACGCUCAACGUGGCGGUGAACUCGUACUCCAACGCGCUGUCGACGUUGUUGAUGUCAAACCAAUUUGUGGAAAUCAAAAGCACGGUCUUUAAGAAAUUUGAAAAAGAGAACCUCUUCCAGAUCACUUGUGCUGACGUUGUUGAGCGUUUCCAGCUGUGGCUAAUGCUCCUCAUCAUUGCUAUGCGCAAUGUUGUGGAAGUUGGCGGCCUAAGUAUUCGCAGUAGCGAUUAUUCAUGGACGUCGAUGUUUACUGGAAAUGCUACAACCAACUUCACAGCGUCUAGCAUUAUACCAAUGAGCUUCACCAUCUUUCCACAAUACAUCGCCCAGGUGCUCAAUCCCUUCCUACUUGUGCUUGGAAGCGAGAUGGUUGUCGACUGGCUGAAGCACGCAUACAUCACCAAGUUCAACCAGAUGAAACCGGAAGUGUACGGCAAGUUCUUCGACGUUCUAGCAAAAGACUACUACUCCAAUGCCUUCGGCGACGCAAACCUAACCCGACGUCUCGGCCUCCCCGUCAUCCCACUAUCCUGCCUCUUCAUCCGCGCAGCCAUCCAAACAUACCACAUGUUCAUCGCAAUGUACAUGCCCGCCCCUCUCGCCGCAUCCUCCGUCUCCCUAACCUCGAGCCCGACGUCCUCCCCCGCCACAACCGCAGCUCUCGCACACAUCGACCACGUCAUCCGUCGCGCAAUUGGCCGCUCGCCCUUUGGCGCAGGCGUCCCGAAUCAACCCUGGUACUACUUCUCGUCCUGGACGCUCGACGACCUGAUCGCUGGCUCUACCAUGCUGCUCGUCUUCCUCGUCGUCUACCUCAUCUUCCUCGCUUUCAAACUCAUCCUCGGCAUGCUUCUUCUGACCGUGGCGCGGAACAGGUACCGCGGCAUGGAGGAGCGGGAGAAGAUGGAUGUUGAUACGGGAGGGAAGCGCAUCGGUGGGUGGGGCGUCGUGGACGUGGACGAGGAGAAGAGACGCUACAUAUACAAUGACGAUCCGGAUAGUUUGCGCAAACUAAGGGAGCGGGACGAGAAGCAGAAGAAGAAAGAUGAUGCGGAGCGGGAGAAGGGGACUACUUUCGGGCAUGUGAGUCGGUAUGCCAUGGUUGCUAAGAGGAUUUGGUAG